AUGCCUUCUCCACCCACCUCCGCCGUCCGCUCCCUCUUCUCCGCCUCCCACGCCGCCGACCUCCAGGCCCUGCGCGCGCUCGUCGACCAGCAACUGCGGGAAGUGCAAAACAUAAUCGCGCGGGACGCAGUCACGGGCGUGAAGGGGAUGCUGAAGUGGAUGAAAGGCACAGGUGAAUAUUCUUUGGGAGAAAUUCAAAAAAUUGUUCCUACGCCAACUCAGCCAACUCUGACAGCGAAGGAUCAUUCCGGUAAGUUCAAAGACUUAUCCACAAGAUUUGAGAAAUAUGCUGAUAAAGUUCUCGUUUACAUCGAAGGACAAGUAAAAACGCCGAAUAAAGAUCCCUCUCAGGAUCCGGAGUCUAAUCCACAAUCCGAUAACGUCCACGAUAUUCAAGGCAAACUAGACUACUUACUUAACUAUCUUAAACGUAACACAUCUGGUAAUUUAAGUAGGCCGUAUAACUUCGAUCAUACAUCUAAUGAAUUGCUCGAUAAACUCAAGAAAUCCAUCUCCGCCCUCUCCCCCUCCAACUUCCACGGCUUCCACAACCCGCUGCUCCUCGACGCACUCAGGCGCGGCAUGACGCAAUUCACCGAGCAACUCGGACACGCGUACGUAAACAAGUAUAGCGGGAAAACGUUUGGUCCUUUGACAAAAAAAGAAAAGGUGGCUGACCCUUCGAAACAAAAAUCCGACGCCGCUACCACAACUGAGAUAGAUGUCCUCUCCACCGAGGGCCGCAACUGCGCCAAGGUCUGCCUGACCAUACUGGAGGAGUUUUAUGCAGACUUCAAUACGUUGAAAGCGCACUGUUAUACUAAAGGUGGUUGGACACAAUUACAAAUUAACACUUACGAGAAGAAUUCACUUGGUGACUUCUUCCAUAAAAGAGGAUACGAAGUCAACUCCGAGAAAGGCAAGCAGGCUGGCGAGUUGCAAGAUAAAGAUACCAAGAAGGGCACGCAUAUUAGUAGUGAUCUUCUUAUCAAGAAAAUUACCGAUGGUUCCACAUUUCCGAUUAUACAGGCGUGGAGGAAAACAAAAUAUCCAACCGUUACAAAUAGCACCGAGAUAUCUCUGUUCGACUUUGUUGACUUCAUACGCGAACUUCUUCGAAAGUACUACCAAGUAUGCCAACUUGAACAUCAUUCGUCAACUAAGGCCCCCUCAAAUAUCUAUCAGAUGCUGUGUUGGCUUUCUGGGUUCUACUUUAAUCCGAUGUACGAGAAGGUGAAGGAACAAUUUAAUGGACUUUUUGAUAAGGAUAUCAAGCAGUUAGCUGUUGUCGUACCAGACAGAGAGAAACACACAAAAACUGAAAAUCUUAAAGCUAGUGAUUUACACACUCCACUCCAACAAGUUUGUUUGCGCUCGCAACUUACACUAACCGCCAUCCUAGGUCACGGCCAUCCUGAUGGCCGUUACGCCUGCGAUUUCCGCACAAACAUCGAUAAUUUAUUGUAUCCAUAUGCUCCAUCACAGUGUUUAGACAUGCUUGUAGAUAUUUUGAAGAGAGUGUGUCAACAAACAUACUUCCUAUACCUACAAUGUAACAACAGCCGUAUUAGAGGCGGGUGGGCUGACUGCCACUAUGGCAGAUAUGUGGGUGGUUCAUCAUGGGACUGUAAUGAGAGACAGUGUCCCAACGAACAGUGUAACCUAAGACCUAACCAACGUGCUGACCAAAGUGCUAACCAAGGUACUAACCAAAAGUGUAACCAACAUCCCAAAUGCGGUGUUAAAUCACCCCUUCAGUCCUUCCUGGAGGACGGCCUUCCAGGUUUCCUACCGCAUACAUUUACCACACCUGGCUGUAAGCUGACAUGUUCCCUAGGCAAUCACUUUGGUAAACCAUGUCUUACUCCCAUGGGUUUUGCAGAUAUUGGUAUUGUAGCCUCUCAUACACAGAAAGGUGCGUAUCUACUUGGUGAACUCAAACAUUUCUGCGGUCCAGAUUCUAAACUCAAUAAGUUGUGUUCUUACCUCAACUGCCUGCUCCGCGUAGCACCGCAGACGCUUGGUGAUAUGCUAGCGUUUUACCAUAGAUUGCUCAGGUUCUGGGGUGACACAAAGAAAACUUCGGUGCUUAAGAGUGUUGCAUUUGAUGAAGCUGUCCGAAAGGCCAACUUUGGGAACAAGGAAACAAAGUUGGACGUUACAUUCAUUCAUCAAUACGAUAGUCAUUCUAGCAAUACGCAUAAAAAUGGUGAUCUGUUCAGCCUCAUCAUAUGCAAUAAAAAUGAGAAUCCAGCUGUUCCCUGCGGUCCAUACCUACAGCCUCUGUCUCUUGAAUGUUGUGAUACAUUUUCCGGUAAGCACUCUGGUAACUAUCUUUCAUGGGUUGUAUAUAUAACAGAAACGUUCUAUGACUUACUUAAAAAACUAUAUGAAGAUUGUUGUGGAAAGUGCAAUAAACCAGGCACCAGGUGCUACGACAAAUGCUGUGAUUCACAGUGCAAAAUAAAUUUUUCUUACGGCACUGGUAAUACUCCCAAACAACUCAAGGAUGUAAAUCAUGAAGAUGGAUGCACAUCCAUUGUUAAGUGCAAAAAUAUACAUCCGACAUUGUAUGCAUACGGCUUCACUUUUAAAAGCCCACAUGGACUGAGUGGUGAGAAAAGGAAGGAAAUGAAGCGCACAUGUCAGGAUUUCUGUACAGCAUUAGAAAAGGUUGUAAAGGACGGUAGCGUUCUCUAUGACUUAGUGCACAAGCAUAUUCCACAAUUCCUUUUCGAUAUUAGAGAAAAGUUCAUAUGGACUCUCGUAGCCCUCUGGUCGCUGUCGCUCCUGUACCUGCUGCACAUCGCCGUCGUCCGCCUCGACGUCCUGAGGAUCCGCUCCCACCUGAAAUCACCCUCAUCGCACCGCAUCGCCGCGCAGUCGCUGCUCGCCGCCGCACGCUCUCUUAACGAGCAAAUUGACUCACUUAAAAACUCUGAUAAAUCCACUGAUAACUCACAAAAUGACUCUAAAAUUGCUGACCUUAAAUCCCAAUUGAAAGAUCAUGUUGCCAAGUAUCACUCCCUUUCUGAGUCUGACAGGACUGCCCAGCUUAAGGACAUCCGCUCCAGGAUGGUGUCUCUUGCUGACCUUAGUGGGAAGCUUGGCCAAUUUAUUGGCAAUUCUGACGCUGUUACCAAAGCAAUUAAUGAUGGUAUUGACGCUAUUAUUGACAGUAAUGAAGACUUCAAAAGCCUCAAAAAGUCUUCGUCUUCGACUGCGCAUCCUCCCGCUGCCGUGCCUGCUGAGCUUAUAAAUGAUGGUGAGCUUAGUAAGAAAAUUAAGCAUUAUGAAGAUAAAAUUGCGUCUCUUUCAGCUGAGAUAGAUGAACUUAAAACCCAAAAAACGUCUGUCCCCGAUGAGCUUAAUAAGUCUCAUGAGUCUCAUCAGUCCAAGUUGCAGUCUCUUCAGAGGCUGAGUAAGCUUAAUGAGUCUUUUAAAUCUCUUAGUAAUAUUAGUGAUGAUAAUUGUAAAAACCUUUUAAAUAACCUGUGCUCUGGCUUGGAGAAGUUCCUUGGAUACCAAGAAACUUCCAAAGGCUACUCGGGCACCGGCAUCGUGUACUCGGACGUUGACAGGCUUGCCGACGGGGUGAUGUCUUUCCUUCAUGGAGUUUUAAAUGAAGUUUAUACAAAUAAUAAUCUUCAAAAAUACAAAGAUCCUUUGACUACGCCACUUGCAAAAAUUACUGACGCCCUCUAUAAUAGAAUGCAUUUUGAUAGUAGUAUUGUCGAAGUUGGCAAGGGGAUUAAGCAGUGGGUGAGCGGGGUGGACGAAAGGAAUGCAGCCAUAACGAAGCCCUUAGAAAAUCUUCAAUUACAAAUCAGUGACCACAUUAAAACAAAUAUGGAUGGUAUUUAUAUUACUGAGCAGUUGGAUAACUGGCGAGGCUUUUCUAGUCUCCACAUUCAGGAGGUAGAAAAGGCGGAAAAGGCUCUAAAGGAAGUUGACAAAAAUCUGCAAGAUAAAUUAUCUCCGAGCAUAAAAUUGAUGAGAGAUGUGACGCAGAAUUUUUGGAACACAGUGAACGAUGACAGUGUCAUAAGUUCGGUGAAGGAGCUUAACGAGAAGUUUACGCAGCAGAGGAGCGGAGUGAGUGAGCAUAUUGGCAGAGGAAUUGAUAGAGUAGAAAAGACGUUAAAUGAGAAAUAUGAACAAAUUAACAAAAAUAUAAACAGCCUUAAGAAGGAUAAGGAGAAGCAUAUUGGAGACAUUAGUAGGGCUGUAAAGCUGGCGCAGCAGUUAGCUGAGAGAUUGGUUGGUGAGAAGGACAGCACUUUUGAUAAGGAUUACAGAGAUCAAGUUGUGCAGAGAUUCACUGAGUUAAGAGGCGAAAUUGAAGAGUUUACGAAAGAGAGUUCUCAUCUUUUAACGAAUUUCGCUACCGCGCAAAAUAAAGUUAGAGGCCUUGAAGAAGAUGUGAGAGAGGGGUUGACGCAGUUGAAAAAUACUAUCGGCAAUCUCAAAAUUGAGACUAUUGCAGCAGAUGUGUUGAGGGAACUUCAGGAGGCGAAGGAGAAACUUGUAAAGGUGACUGGUUCUCAGGCCGGGAGUAAUGGCGAUGCAAAGAAUUUGGAAAACUUGUUCGGUGCAAAGAUCCAACAGCCGCUUCAUGGAUUCGUAACGGGAGUAAAGGAAAAAAUUGGAAGCCUUUGUGAAUCCGUUGGUGAAGAACGAACAAAAUCUAUGCGUGCCUUUUUGGAGAAGAUCCGAGAACACGCCGAAAAUAUAGGAAGAAUCGAUUCAAAUUCCCAUCAGUCUGAUACCGCGUUAGCUGCUGUCACCGAAUACGUCGGAUGGGCAGGAGAUGGUUUUGAUAAGAAGGUUGAGCAGUGGGUCCACCAAACAGUUAUGAAUGCAGACCUGGCCGGUACCAUAUAUCAUUACGUUAACGGCGCCAUUGGUAAUCCAUAUCUGAAGAAGAUCUCAGAUGCGACAAAAAAGGGUGUGCAGAAGAUCAUUGAUAUUGUUAAGCAAUCCGGCACAAAGCCAUCGGUUAAGUCAAAUGACGUCAAAAGCACAUUAAAUGGUGUUAGAUCAUUUCUUGACGGUGUCAAAAACCAUGUCAAUUCAAGCAAAGCGAGCGAAAUAGUACAGGCGAUUGACCAAGAGCUGACGACUUCCGGCUUUUCUUCCUCUGGCAAAAACGGUGAUUUAACUAAACCAAUUACAGCCAUACUGACAUCCAUCUCUGCAAAAGCUAGAAAAGACUCCGCAUCAAUUGAAGCAUUUACUCAAUCACCACAGGCCGAUUUCGUUAACGGCGUCCUCGGUAAGACUCUAAAUCUUGUCGGUCAAAUUGACAUAGCGUGUAACGCUGACGUGGAUGGGAAGUUAGAGCUCUUGAGCAACACGGUUGAGAAGCUUAACAAAACUUUCAGUGACGGCGUCAAAAAUGGCCUCCAACAAGCAGUCGACAAAUUCAAUUCUGCCGCCGAAGAUGGUAUCAAAGAUGCGGCAGAUAAGGCCGUCACCGAUGCGCUUGCGAAAUUUCAGAUGAAGAAAGAUGGCCACAUUGACGUGGCAGCAAUGAUGACGCAGUUCGAGGAAUCAAGAAAAUCUCUUGACGGAGCAGUUCAAAAAAUUCAGGAACAACUCACAGAACUUCAGCAACUCCCCGCAACCGUCACCAGCAAGAGCGCAUUGGCGAAGCAGACAAUGGAAAACUUGAAAGCUAAGAUCCAAGAAAUUCUUAGGAAAAUUACUGCCAUCGAAACUCCCAUCACCGCGGCAAAUGCAGCUCUCGAAUCCGCCAUUAAGGCUGUGGAAGCAGCCUUACAAGAUGCAAAAAGGGAGACCGGCAUAGCGAUGACGGCUCUAAAAAGUAGCAUACAGAAACGCGUGACUCAAGCCCUCAACGACUUGGAAGGCGGCGUGGAAAAGAUGUUCGACGCCCAAAAGAAAGCCGAGCUGAAAUACAUAUUAAACUCCGUGUCCGAGCAGUUUUCGAGUAUCCAAGACUCUAUAGAAAGAGACAAGGAGUCAGGCCUGAAAGGCCUGAUGAGGAAGAUGAGCUCUCAGUUUGCCAAUUUGACGAAUUCUGGCAAACAACUUGACAGCUAUGCCAACAAAGUCAAAAGCUUUUAUGACAAAUUCUUUGGCAAAUUCAAAUCACAAUCCGACGUCUCUCCUCAUUCCACAACCAUCCAACCAGUCACCUCCGCCCUCUCCUCCCUGCUCACCGCAAUGCACUCCAAACAACACUUCCACCAGGAAGUCUCCGACAAAAUCGACGCGCUCAAACGCGAACUGCACAACUUCACCCCCAAGGAAUUCGCCGACGCCUCUCCCCUGCUCAACGUCAUAAAGCGCGGCGUCACUCGCCUCCACGAGGAGCUACGCAAGCAGUACGUCAGCAGGUACUCGGGGGCUGCGGAGGGCUUUGAGUGGACUAAGAAUGUAGAUGAUGCAAAAGCUCAAGAAACAGUGCCGUCGGAAAAGGCGAUGAAAUGCGCCAAGGUUUUCAUGACCUGCGUGCAAAUGUUGUUGGACAACCUCAGUGAGCUCAAGGACAAUUGCACCAAUGGAGGCAGUUGGAGUAGCAAACACCUUUAUUUAUACGAGGAUUCUGGGAACGGAAGCCUAGGAAAAGAGAAUCCCCUCGGAGCCUUUUUCCGUAACUGCGGUUACCGCGUUUCUUCUGCACUGAACAGGCACAACGGGGAGUUGCGGAAUACCACAGCCUGCAGGGGCGGGCGUGUUCAUGAGAUCCUCGCUGCGUCAUUACAGGACACCUUUAAUAAUUCACAUCUUAAUGCGUGUAUAAAAGAUAAACAUUACAAAGGUCAACAAGCAAAAACGCAGUUCAAUGUCAAGGACUUACUUGACUGUCUCAACGAACACCUCCACGAUUACUACACAGUUUGCCACUACUCCACAUUACAGUCCAAGACAUAUCCAUCCUCUGUCUUCGACAUGCUCAAAUGGCUCUGUGGCCUCACUCACAAUCCCGUGUAUGCCGAUUUGUCAGUCAACGGCUUUGACAAGCUGUUAGAGCAAUAUCAGGAGAAAGAUGAGGAGAACGACGAGGACAAUGUUAUUGUUGUAGACGAUGCCGCCGGCAGUGAGUCCGGCAGAAUCCCUGUCAAACACGCAGACGAUGACAAGUUAGAAGCCUAUCCACAUCCAAUAGCAGUGUCAAAUCUAUCAGAUGCCCUUCAGGACGUCUGCCAUUAUUCCUACGACGUCCUCACUGGUGUCCUCGGCUUCGGCUACGGUGAAGGCGUGUACGCCUGUGACUAUAACAUUAACCAGGGAGGCCUGUCAUAUCCGACGAACAUGGACACUUUACUGUGCAUGAUAUGCGAUGUCAUCAACCGCCUGUACCGUCAGCUCCACUUCUUGUUCCAGCAGUGUAGGUACGAUAGUACGCUCAGCGGCUGGGCGGACUGUUGGUAUGGUAAUGGAGUCGGGGGGUCAGCAUGGAAGUGUAACUCAAUGCAGUGUCCUGGCCAAGAUGCUAACCAAAUAGCUAAGCAAAACACUAACCAAACACAUAAGCAAACAUGUAACCAAAAGUGUGAGCAACGUGUUAUGUGCGGUGUCAAAUCUCCACUUCAGUCCUUCCUCGAAGAUGGUCUGCAGGGUUUCCUGCCUCACGGCCUCAAGUCUGAGAGGGGAAAACUUGAGUGUUCACUUAAAAGCCACGCAGGUGUGCCGUGCAUCACGCCUAUGGGCUUUGCAGGAAUUGCCGGAGUAGCGUCACACAGGCAAACAGGACAAUUCCUCAUGGAAGUGCUUGCUGACUUCUGCGGCAAUCAAAAGUCUCCGCUCACUAAGAUAUGCAGCCUGUUCAACUGCGUUCUCCCCAGUCCGCCGAAAUCGCUGAGUGAUAUGUUCGGCUUUUACUACAGUUUGCUUGGUGGGUGGGAUGAUAAGCGUAAAUCAAAUGAGAAACUUAAGCAGCACAGGGAGACGGCGUUUACCAAAGCGGUCAGCGGCGUCGAUUUCGAUAAUCCUGAUACCACACUGGACAUCACUGAUAUGUUCAAGAGCAGUGAUCAUGGUAUCCCUAAGCCCGCCGAUCAGACUAGUAGUCAUCUCACCGGUGAUCUGUAUGCUCUUGUCAACUGCACCCGUGACAAAUCGCACACUCCAUCGCAUCCCUGUGGCCCGUAUCUCAGGCCUUUGUGCAGUGACAUAUGUACUAUGUUCUCCGAAAAGCACGCCAACAAGUACGUGUCGUGGAUUGUCUUCUUGACUGAGUCUUUCUACGACUUGCUCAAGAGACUGUUGGAGGACUGCGAGAGGACGUGCGGCGCUGAAGCUACGAGAUGCAAAAUUGGCAAAUGCAGUGAGGGGUGCAAGACAAAGGAGUUGCCGUAUGGUAAAGACUCCAAACAUGACAAAUCAUGUAAAUCAAUUGUGGAAUGCAACUAUAUUCGUCCAACGUUUUACAAAUACGGAUUCAUACACGAGAGCGUCAGCAGCCUCAGUGGUGUAUCAGGAGAAGAAGGCAAGAGGACCUGCGCAGAUUUCUGCGCAAUUUUGAAGAUAGUGACAGGCGAAAAGAAGACACUGCAUAAAAUCGUGUUCGACAAAAUUACAGGGUUCUUCCCUCUGGUCGCUCUCGCUCCUGUACCUGCUGCACAUCGCCGUCGUCCGCCUCGACGUCCUGAGGAUACGCUCCCACCUGAGAUCGCCCUCAAGCCACCGCAUCGCCGCACAGUCCCUCCUCGCCACCGCACGCAGGAUGCCAGAGGAAGGGCCUUGAAGGAUAUUGACGAGAGGCAGAAGACUCUUGAUGGUCUUAAACAAAAUCUUGAAGCUUUUAUUGGAAAAGAAAAUGAUAAUCCUGCAAAAAAUCUUCUUCAAAAUCUCACUGAUGGCCUAGAAAAGUUUCUCGGCUUCAACCCUGCUUCCAAAGGCUACUCGGGCGAAGGCAUCGUGUACUCCGACCUUGACAGGCUGUGUGACGGGGUGAUGUCUUUCCUUCAUGGAGUUCUUAAAGAUGUCCGUGAUCAUAAAAAUCUUGAGCCUUAUAAAGAGAAAUUAACUCAAGCUGUAAACCUUUUAGAAAGUAAGCGCUAUGAUGGCAAAACAGGUUUGCGUACUGUGAUUGACCAUGUCAAGGAGGGGAUUGCGGGGUGGUUGGGGGAUGUGGAGAAUAAGAGUGAGGCGGUGAAAAAGCCGCUGGAAAGUCUUCGAGAGUCGCUUGGAAAUCACUUAUUACUCAAUUUGGAGGCGGAUCCUAUUACAGAUCAGUUGGACAACUGGCAGGGACUUUCCAGCCUUUACCUUCAAGAGGUUAAGAAGUCUGAGGGCGCUCUGGAAAACGUUGAUCAAAAUCUCCAAGAUAAAAUAUCGCCUAAAAUGGAGCUAAUAAAGAGGGUUGUUGACAAUUUUUGGGAUUCUGUUAAUGAGUCCAAUUUGACAAGUUCCGUAAAUGAGCUUGACGAGAAAUUCAUUAAGCAGAGAAGGGACGUUAAAUCAUAUGUUUCCACUGAAAUAAAUGAGGUGGAAAACACUUUAAAACAAAACUUUGAUGCAAUUGGCCGCAACAUUCAGAAGCUGAGACACGAGAAAGUCAGACAUAUAAGCUUAAUUACAAGCGCCGUAAAGCUUGCCAAGCAGUUCGCUGAGAAUCUGCUUAGUGAGGAUAAGAUGGAUGGAUUUGAAAAGGGUUAUAAGGAUAAAAUCACGGCGAUGUUCACUGAAAUAAUGAACAAUAUUGAGAAGUUUACAAAAGUCAAUGCCGAUGGUAGCAAGGUUCCUCUGUUGAGUGAAUUUGACAUUGUGAAAAGUAGAGUCGACAACCUAGAUGAAGAUGUGCGAGCUGGGCUGGAAGAAUUGAAGAAAAAUAUUGAUGGACUUGACAGCGAUGUAUACAGUAAUAAAAAUAAUAGUCUUGUUGAGCAGGCGUUAUCUAAGCUUGGGAUGGCGAAGACAGCGCUGGAUACUGGGACUAUUCAGGAAAUUACGUUGGCGUCAAAGUUACUUGGAGUGAAGUAUGAGAGAGCGGAUUUCAAAGGGCAAUUCGAGAAACUUAGGGGUGCCUUCCCAACGUUGAGAAAAGCCGUUUUCGGUGAGAAUGGAUCACCAGACGAUCCGGAAAAUGAUUCUCUCGCUAAGCUUAUCACAAAGUUGACUGCUGCCAUUGGCACUAGUGACGAUGGAAAUGUUUAUGGUCUUGAACAGGCAGUCACCGCUUUCAACAAUGCCGCAAUAGAGCGCAUCAAAGAAGCCGCCCAGAAUGCUAUCGAUGAAGCCGUUAAGAAAUUCAAGGUGGAAGUCAUCGAUGAUGACAGCAAAAUCAAAGUAGCAGAAAUGAUGGAAAUGUUCGAGGCGUCCAGAAAGGAACUUAACGCAGCCGUCCAAAAAAUUCAGGAGGAACUUAAAAAACUGAAGUCAGUUCCCGAAACUGUCAACAACAAAAGUAGAGAAGCCGACACUACAAUGGCCGAAUUGAAACAGAGGAUUACCAAAAUAAAGGAGGCCAUAGAACGCAUUUCACCACUCGUAGAAAAGGCCGGAUCAGCCCUUGAAUCGGCCAUCCAGGCCGUGGAAGCAUCCUUACAAGAGGCUCGGAGCAACGCGAACAGAGUGUUGCAAGACCUAAAAAUGAAGCUGCAAGGUCGGGUACAACAGGCAUUCGACGACUUGGAAACACACGUACAAAAGAUGUUUGCGGAGCAGAAGAAAUCCGAGCUGAAAUACAUAUUAAACUCAGUAUCCGAGCAGUUUUCGAGUAUCCAAGACUCUAUAGAAAGAGACAAAGUGUCAGGCCUGAAAGGCCUGAUGAGGAAGAUGAGCAGCCAGUUUGCCAAUUUGAAGAACUUUCCUAACAAUCUACAAACCUGCGCUAACAGAGUAAAAAGCUUUUUGGACAAAUUCCUCAAACAACUAAAAUCACAAUCUGAUUUAACCAGUGACCAAGAAAGAAUCACUACACUGCAAGAUGCCCUGCUCCAAGUCCUCACCGAAAUGAACACCAAAAAACACUUCCACCGCGAAGUCUCCGACAAAAUCGACGCGCUCAAACGCGAACUGGACAGCUUCACCCCCAAGGAAUUCCACGAAGCCUCUCCCCUGCUCAACGUCAUAAAGCGCGGCGUCGCGGACCUCCACGAGCAGCUACGCAAGCAGUACGUCAGCAGGUACAGUGGUCUGGACAUUGUUUGGAUGACGCCUCAGUAUCCUCCAACUCAAAAACAAGAGCCCACGGAGGACGCCAAAAAAUGCGCCAAGGUUUUCAUGACCUGCGUGCAAACGUUGUUGGACAAUCUCAGUGAGCUGUGGAGCAACUGUGGCAGUAAAGACAUCUGGCAAAACAAGACAAUCUCUUUGACCGAAACCGGGACGCAUGGAAAUAUUAUCACUAAUCCUCUCGGAAGCUUUUUCCAGCGCUGCGGUUACCGCGUUUCCUCUGCACCGAACAAGCACACCGGGGAGUUGCGGAAUACCACAGCCUGCAGGGGCGGGCAUAUUAACGGCAAGUUUAAUGAACAGAUUAAUAGCAAAGAUUACCUGAUUAAGGACGAAGAUUUGAAGAAAGAAAAGCGCUCAAACAAGGAUGAGGAGACAGAUGACCAGACGUCUCCAAAGCAACAUGGCAUCCUCAAGCAGCUGUUCGACCACCUCCAUUAUUACUACACCGUUUGCCACUACUCCACAUUACAGUCCAAGACAUAUCCGUCCUCUGUCUGCGACAUGCUCAAAUGGCUCUGUGGCCUCACUCACAAUCCCGUGUAUGCCGAUUUGUCAGUCAACGGCUUUGACAAGCUAUUAGAGCAAUAUCAGGAGAAAGAUGAGAACGACGAGGACAAUGUUAUUGUUGUAGACGAUGCCGCCGGCAGUGAGUCCGGCAGAAUCCCUGUCAAACACGCAGACGAUGACAAGUUAGAAGCCUAUCCACAUCCAAUAGCAGUGUCAAAUCUAUCAGAUGCCCUUCAGGACGUCUGCCAUUAUUCCUACGACGUCCUCACUGGUGUCCUCGGCUUCGGCUACGGUGAAGGCGUGUACGCCUGUGACUAUAACAUUAACCAGGGAGGCCUGUCAUAUCCGACGAACAUGGACACUUUACUGUGCAUGAUAUGCGAUGUCAUCAACCGCCUGUACCGUCAGCUCCACUUCUUGUUCCAGCAGUGUAGGUACGAUAGUACGCUCAGCGGCUGGCAGGACUGCUGGUAUGGUAAUGGAGUCGGGGGGUCAGCAUGGAAGUGUAACUCAAUGCAGUGUCCUGGCCAAGAUGCUAACCAAAUAGCUAAGCAAAACACUAACCAAACACAUAAGCAAACAUGUAACCAAAAGUGUGAGCAACGUGUUAUGUGCGGUGUGAAAUCGCCGUUGCAAUCCUUUUUAGAGGAUGGCCUUCAGGGCUUCCUCCCUCACAGCCUCAAGUCUGAGAGGGGAAAACUUGAGUGCUCACUUAAAAGCCACGCAGGUGUGCCGUGCAUCACGCCAAUGGGCUUUGCAGGAAUUGCCGGAUUAGCGUCACACAGGCGAACAGGACAAUUCCUCAUGGAAGUCCUUGCUGACUUCUGCGGCAAUCAAAAGUCUCCGCUCACUAAGAUAUGCAGCCUGUUCAACUGCGUUCUCCCCAGUCCGCCGAAAUCGCUGAGUGAUAUGUUCGGCUUUUACUACAGUUUGCUUUGUGGGUGGGAAGACAGCAGUAAACGCUAUGAGAACCGUAAGCAGCACAGGGAGACGGCGUUUAACAAUGCGGUUAGCGCCGCCGAUUUCGAUAAUCCUGAUACCAAGCUGGACAUCACUGAUAUGUUCAAAAGCAGCAAUCAUAUUCUUCCGAAGCCCGCCGAUCAGACUAGUACACAUCUCACCGGUGAUCUGUAUGCUCUUGUCAACUGCGCCGAUGCAAAAUCGCACACUCCAUCGCAUCCCUGUGGCCCGUAUCUCAGGCCUUUGUGCGGUGACAUAUGCACUAUGUUCUCCGAAAAGCACGCCAACAAGUACGUGUCGUGGAUUGUCUUCUUGACUGAGUCUUUCUACGACUUGCUCAAGAAGCUGUUGGAGGACUGCGAAAAGACGUGCGGCGCUGAAGCUACGAGAUGCAAAAUUGGCAAAUGCAGUGAGGGGUGCAAGACAAAGGAGUUGCCGUAUGGUAAAGACUCCAAACAUGACAAAUCAUGUAAAUCAAUAGUGCAAUGCAACUAUAUUCGUCCGACAUUCUACAAAUAUGGAUUCAUACACGACAGCGUCAGCAGCCUCAGUGGUGUUGCAGGAGAAGAAGGCAAGAGGACCUGCGCAGAUUUCUGUGCAAUUUUGAAGAUAGUUACAGAGGAAAAGAAGACACUGCAUAAAAUUGUGUUCGACAAAAUUACAGGAUUUUUGUGGGACAUAAGAUACAAAUUCUUCUACACGCUUGUCUCACUCUGGUCCCUCACUUUGCUCUACCUGCUGCACAUCGCCGUCGUCCGCCUCGACGUCCUGAGGAUACGCUCCCACCUGAGAUCACCCUCAAGCCACCGCAUCGCCGCGCAGUCGCUCCUCGCCGCCGCACGCGUCAAGGCACUCGCCAACGUCAAGUACUUCUCACCAUAA